GGAAACAAAGGAGAAUCUAUUGGAAAAGCGCGGCAAGGACACUUGAAACCUGAGUUGUAUUUCUAUUUUUCCUCUUUCAUCUUCUCAAAUGCAAAACUUAACCAAACCACAGCUCACCCAACUCCCAAUCAAUCAAAUGUUCCAACCCAUCAUCAUCAUCAAUGCCGCUUCUCUAAUUCGACCCAUUUUUCAGGUUUCGCGGUGGUGGUGGCUUCAUAGCUUUUUAAGGCUUUUCCGCGAGCCAAGAGACUGAUUUGGGGAUUUGAGAUGUCUCUUGGCUCGCGAACAAGUUCUUCCUCUAAUCCUCCCUCAUAUUUCUGUUUCAAGUUAUGGGGAUUUCGUCUGAUAAUGUUCGUGGGUUUCUUCUUGCUGUUUCUUCCAGCGUCUUUAUUGGCUCUAGUACUAUUAUCAAGAAGAAGGGUCUCAUCAAAUCAGGGGCUGCUGGAACCAGAGCAGCAUCUGGAGGCUUUUCGUACUUGUGUGAACCUUGGUGGUGGGCUGGGAUGAUAACCUUGAUUGUUGGGGAGACUGCUAACUUCGUUGCGUACGCAUAUGCUCCUGCAAUUCUUGUCACUCCUUUGGGAGCUUUGAGCAUUAUUUUCAGUGCAGUCCUAGCUCACUUUAUGCUGAAGGAAAAGCUGCAUAUCUUUGGAAUUCUAGGUUGUGUUCUCUGUAUUGUGGGUUCUACAACUAUUGUUUUGCAUGCUCCACUGGAGAAAAAGAUUGAAUCUGUUAAGGAAGUAUGGCAUCUUGCUACAGAGCCAGUAUUUCUGGUCUAUUCAUUCCUGGUAAUAGUUGUAGUUGUGGUACUCGUUUUUAAAUAUGCCCCUCGCUAUGGUCAGUCCCAUAUGAUUAUAUAUGUUGGAAUUUGCUCUCUCAUGGGAUCUCUUACGGUUAUGAGUGUCAAGGCAGUAGCCAUUGCUGCCAAGUUGACAUUUGAAGGAAUGAAUCAAUUCAAGUACUUUGAGACAUGGUUCUUCACUGUGUUUGUGAUUGGCUGUUGUAUUUUGCAGGUGAUCUACUUGAACAAGGCUCUUGAUGCUUUCAACUCGGCUGUUAUAUCUCCAGUUUAUUAUGUGAUGUUCACAACUUUUACAAUCCUUGCCAGUAUGAUUAUGUUUAAGGAUUGGGACACACAAAGUGCAACACAAAUUGCAACUGAAGUUUGUGGAUUCAUCACCAUUCUUUCUGGCACCUUUCUCCUCCACAAAACCAAGGAUAUGGGAAAAGGUCCUCCCACUCAACCCCCUCUCUUCCAAACUCAAAGCCAUCAUCAAAAUCAAAACCUUCAUCCCACUAGAACAUUGUAGUUUCAAAUAAUACGCUCUGCCCAUUUGGAGAGGAACAGAUCAUUGAGCCAACAAAUUCCUUACAUGAAUAAAAUUGCCACCUCCAUGACUAUUAUGCCAUAUUUGUUUAGAAUCACUCAUCAAUUUUAUUAAUAGUUUCAAAAGAUGAUCUUGUAAAUGAAAAAUUCACUGCUGAAUUGAUUUGGAUUAAUUAGAAGUGUGUUUCAUAGUGAUUUUAAACAAGUAAUUCUAAAUAUUUUAGAAUCA